AUGCACAUGGAAGAAAGUUAUUUCACAUUAAAUUACCCUAUCUACUUUAAUUUGGCCUCAAAUCUAAUUAACUCCACUGAUCAUGAAAUGAAUGAUACCAAAAAUGCAGCCUUAGAUAUAGCCUUGAUUUAUGUUAUCACAGGAGUAUUAUCUUGUCUUUUAAUUGUAAUCUUAAUAGGCUUAGCAGAAAUUUCAAUUGCUAAAUGGAGGGUUUCCAUUGUCAGAACAUAUUUCCUAUUCCAAAAUUUGUAAUAAUCUCUAGUCUAAUAAGAAAAUGAGACGCAUAAUCUAUUAACAAUUGAUGAAUUACAACACAUGAAAUACAAUGUAAUCAAAUUAGAGAAGUAGGCUCAGUAAAUCUUAAAAAAUGAAUAGAGAAUAUUUGAUACAAAAUUGAAGUAAUCUUUUUGGGCUAAACAAUUGAUUUCCAUUAUUCUUUUGGGAGCUUUAGAAUUGCUAUACUUCAUUCCUUAUUAUCAAAUAUUUUCCAAUUCGGUUGAUCAAUUAAUAGCAUUUCACGAGGAUCUCUAUAAGUUAGGACUUACGUAGCUUUCAUUUAGCAAUAGACUGGUGCACUUCAUUCAACAAUAUGCUAAUCCAUAGAAUAACAUUGAUUCUACAAUAUUUAAUGAAUUUGAUGUGUGGUUUUAAACUUAUCAAGAUCAAUUUCUAUUUGAACUCCCUUUUGAUGAAACACAUGAUUCAUCAUCAUUAACAUAUAUGGUGAAUAAUAAUAUCUGCGAAAUGGAUGAAAUCGCUCCCAUGAAUAAACUCGGAUAUAAGUGUCCUUACAGUAUACAAGAGGGUUAUUCAAAGUUUGUUGUUUCCACUCAAAAUUAAUUAAAUAUAAUGCAAUCAGAAUAUUCUAAUUUCUCUUUGGGAAUUCUAUAAAUAAUGCAAGAUAUUGAUUUUUUAGAUAUCAUAAUAGCUUAUGGUUUUGUGUUCCCAUAAUUCAAUAAAAACAGAGACUAUUUAUUUAAAAUUUAAAAACAAAAUAACGAGCAAUCCAAUACGUAAGCAAUAUUAAUGGCUAUUUUUGUUUUGAUAGCAUUGCUAAUCCUUUUUUCAGUGAUCAUUUUUAUAAUUUCUAAGUAAUUUCUAGCAGUAAUCAAAACUGUUAAAUAAACUCUCUUGAUUUUCUCAAAGGAAUAAAUUGCCAGAAAUAAACAUCUAGUUUAAAUUUUGAGUAAAGAAGUAACCUUUGACUGA